CAUGAAAUAUCUCCAUUACUCUAAACAUGCAUCUUUUUAGUACCAAGAGUAUAAGAUAUCAAUACAAUCUCUUUUCAUAAAUAUCUAAAAUAUCACUCUUUCACUUUACUGCCUAACCGCCUCACACAAUAAAUAUUCACUCCUUUUUUUUCAACCCUUCAUCUUUUUCACCGUUAUUUACCAUUAACAUAAUCUGAAGUUUAAACUCCCAAUACAUGAAAUAAAUUACAUUUAAAAUAUUAUAUAUUAUAUUAAAUUAAAGUAAUAUUAUAUGGUAUUUUACAACCACUAUAAAUAACUGCCCUUCACACUUCUUCUACCUCACCAAACCAUCCUUUCAUCUUCUUUCUUCAUUUUUCAACCUAACAAAAUUCUCUUGUGCCAAAAUAAAAAAUAAAAAAAAAAACCCAAAAAAAUGUCAGCAGAAACUUUAGCAACGAAUUUCUCAUUGCUGCCAACAGCGUCAUCCCUUCUUUCUGCACCCAUUUUCCUUUCAUUUGCCGCAUUUCUUUCCCUUUUCACCAUAUUCUUGUACCCAGGAGGCUUAGCAUGGUCUCUUUCCGCAGUUAAAAACAACCGAAGUGGCAACGGUAAGUCCGCUUCGGCUAUUCCUGGUCCAACCGGGUUACCCCUUAUUGGUCUUGGCCAUGUUUUCGCUUCCGAAAAAACUCAUAGAAUCCUAUCCAGUAUUGCCACUAGCCUCAAGGCUACGCCGUUGAUGGCGUUCUCAGUUGGGUUGACUCGCUUUGUUAUAGCGAGUGAACCCGAGACUGCUAAAGAGAUUUUAAACAGCUCCGAAUUCGCUGAUCGUCCUAUUAAGGAGUCAGCCUAUGAGCUUCUCUUUAACAGGGCUAUGGGGUUUGCACCCUUCGGUGAUUACUGGAGGAACCUCCGAAGGAUUUCCGCAACCCAUCUUUUCAGCCCGAGAAGAAUUUCCAACUUCGGAGGAUUCCGCCAAGAAAUUGGUAAUCAAAUGGUGAACCAAAUCACUACUAUUAUGGGAAAUGAGGGAAAUGUUGAGAUCAAAAAUGUGUUGCAUUUCGGAUCAUUGAACAAUGUCAUGAUGAGUGUGUUCGGAAAGAGUUACGAUUUCUUCGGUAAGAGGACCGAGGAAGCUGAUAACCUUGAAGAAUUGGUUAAGGAAGGUUAUGAAUUGUUGGGAAUAUUCAACUGGGGAGACCAUUUUGCCCCUCUAAGGUGGUUGGAUUUACAAGGAGUAAGGAGAAGGUGCAAGAAUCUUGUUGGUAAGGUAAACAAGUAUGUUGGUAAUGUGAUUGAAGAGCACAGGGCAUUGAGGAGUGAGAAGGUUGAUGAUGAUUCAAAGGAUUUCGUUGAUGUUCUUUUGGACUUGGAAGAUGGAGAGAACAAGCUCUCUGACUCUGACAUGAUUGCUCUUCUUUGGGAAAUGAUAUUCAGGGGAACAGACACAGUUGCAAUCCUACUAGAGUGGACUCUAGCAAGGAUGGUGGUGCACCCCGACAUUCAAGCCAAGGCCCAAGCUGAAAUCGACAGCGUAGUCGGAGUCAACAGGCAAGUCGCCGACUCAGACCUCCCCAACCUACCAUACCUCCAAGCCAUCCUCAAGGAAACAUUGAGAGUCCACCCACCAGGCCCACUUCUAUCAUGGGCUCGUCUUUCCAUCCACGACACCCACGUCGGUCCCCACUUCGUCCCAGCCGGAACCACCGCUAUGGUCAACAUGUACGCCAUCACCCACGACGAGAAGAUCUGGUCUAACCCCAACGAGUUCAAACCCGAGAGGUUCAUGGAAGAGGAUGUCCCAAUCAUGGGUUCAGACCUGAGGCUGGCACCUUUCGGAGCAGGACGUCGUGUCUGCCCCGGAAAGGCAAUGGGUAUGGCUACUGCUCAGCUGUGGUUGGCUCAGAUGCUUCAGAACUUCAGGUGGGUUCCGACCGAGAAUGGUGUGGACUUGACCGAGUGCCUCAACCUUUCCAUGGAAAUGAAGUCGUCUUUGGUGUGCAAGGCUGUUCCUAGGAUCUCUGCUUAAUUCAACUAGUUUGUCUAUGUUAAGAAGGUUAUGUGUGUGCUAUCAUAGCCACUAGUAAGUACUUUAAUUAUGGACUAACAUAAGUGAUUUUCUUCAUAAUUUUGCACAUUUCGGAAAUGGAGAAAUUGUCACAUAGAUUAAAGCUUUCAAACUUAGUAGUAGUUUGUUAGCUUUUAGAUGGUUAUUGGCAACUUGUUAUGUAAUGUGUAGCUGUUCAAAAACCAAAAAUUAAUGUUCAUUAUCUGUUUUUAGUA